ACUUUUCUAAUGUUGUAUAAACAUUUAAAAUAAUCACAAUGUUUCUGGUUUAGACACAGUUCAGGAACAGAUACUAAGGGAUUUUAUCAUUUAGUUUUAAAAGUUUGCUAUCAGAGUUGGCUAAAUCUUGUUUUUAAUAUAUCAGAAUUAACCUUUUUAUAUUGUUUGUAAUUUUAUGGUGUAUUAUACAUAAUCAAAAUCAGCUGUGACCUGCAUAUUUUGCCACAAGUAAUGCAGACAAAGCCGUUAUACGCCAAGUUUUACGCGUCAUUAAAGUUUUGUGUUCACAAGCUUUGAAAUAGGAGUUAGGUUUAAUAAUUACAAAGCACAAAGAACACAGAAAACAGUGACACACACUCCAUGACAUCGCUGUGACACAUAUAUGUACAACUUGUCUGAAUAUUUUUAAUAGAGCUUACACAAGAAUGAAAAGAACAGCAAUUUUACGUUUGAACAAAUGAUUUGAAAACAAAAGACACGUCAAAAAGAUUUUUAAAAAAUAGGACACAUUAAAGCCAUCUAGCGUUCUCUUUCAACUAUGCAGUUACGGAACUGGGUAUGUCUCUUUUUGAUGGGAGCAAUCAACAAUCUUCCAUAUGUUAUAGUGAACUCGGCAGCCAGUACGAUCGCUGACAGAUUUAAUCAUUCAGAUCUUGUCGGUGUUGUCUUUGGAGCCAAUGUUUCUCUCUCAGUUUUUGUCAAAUCUUUGAACACGUUUCUUCUCCUGAAAGUAUCCUACACCCUCAGGUAUAUUGUUAAUGGAUGUAUUAUGCUUCUGGGUCUUUUUGGAAUAUCUUAUGCCUUCAAUUUUGCCUUCGCUAUUGUUUGUAUAGCUGUUGUAGGUUCAAGUUCAGCAUUUGGAGAAAAUGUCACACUUGGAUUCCUGACCAGGUACCCCAGCUCAUUAGUUAACGCUUGGGCAAGUGGCACUGGAAUGGCUGGCUUGCUGGGGGCUUCUAUAUUUAUCAUAUUUGGAUGCUCAGUGGGAGAUGAAAAUGACCAAAACCAAGAAAAAUCUGACAAGCUUCAGCAGUUAAAUAAGUGGGCUUUCUUGCUGACGACUCCUGUUGUCAUAAUUUACUGGGCAGCGUAUUUCUUCAUGGUCAAAACUCCUGACACUUCUAAUGACGCCAUGCCAGGGAAACAGCAGGAAACCUCAGGCUACACAACUAACUACACAGAGCCUAAACUGAUAGCCAGGGUCAUUGAGGACGCUGACCAGUUGAUUCAAGGACAAGUGCAAGGUGAGAUGUCCAAGAAUACGACAACACUCUUGCUGAAGAAAGAGUCAGGCUGCGGAAAAUUCUGGAGAUGUUUCAAGCUUGUAUUAUGGCUGGGAUUGAAUCUAUCUGGUGUCUACGUCUUUGAAUAUGUUGCCAGAGGAUGUGCAGCCAAGGUCCGGCCCUCAAAAGAAUAUAACGUGGGAUGUCCGGAGUUAUAUGCAUCCUUACAGUUGUGUUACCAGGCUGGUGUGUUUGUGUCAAGAUCUAGUGUUCAAAUGUUUCGGAUACGUAAAGUUGAGAUCCUUACAGUACUGCAGCUCCUGAAUAUGUUGCUGUGGAUUGUGGAUGUCCAUUAUAAGUUUAUACCCGUGGCAGCUCUUCCGGCAUUGAUGGUCUACGUUGGCCUCCUGGGAGGUGCCUCUUAUGUGAACAUCUUCUUUGCUUUGUUGAACGAUGAGAAAUUCCCCAAGGAGGACAGAGAACUUUGUGUGAAUAUUGUUGGACUCUUUAUCAACUUAGGUAUUGUAAUUGGUACAGGCUUGGAGACUGCUUUGUUUACUACCAUUUUAAAAUAAUAAAAUUUUAUUUGUCAUCAUC